UGUGAGUGAAAAACGAUGGCUAACUUUAAAUUAGCUUUUGUUUGCUUUUUAGCUCUAAGUGCUAGUGUAAUCGGACAAAACAAUGUUAGUGAAACAGAGAGAACUAUUAGUGAAGACGUUAUCGAAGAAGUGCCUGUUAAUGAUGUAGAGGACAAUUCGGAAAGUCCCAUACAAGAAGACCCUGUAGAAAUAUUACCAGAAUCAAAUUUACAAGAGAAAAGUGGAAAAUAUCAAGUGCUUGAAGAUGAAUUAAUAGGAGAUGUGCCUAACAAUUUAGAAGCUGUUGAUUUAGAAAAUGUCCAGAUUGAGAGGCAAAUGGCCAUACCGAGCACAACUUCUCAGACGAAUACUGAAUAUGCUCACAUCGACGGAAGAGUGUUACCGUCAACCAGCUACCAAAACAAUGGGCAGCCCUACGUCAUCACGCAGCAGAGGUUACGGCAGAUCCGUGGGAAUUUCUUCUAUUGGUUCUACGAUCAAGGGGGUAGUGAAAACAUUGGUGACUACCAACGGGAUAUCCACACGUCUACGCCACAGAUUCACAAGAACUUCAACUUUCAAUUGCCCUUCUUCGGAUUUCGUUUUAACUAUACCAGAUUGUCGAUGAAUGGUUACAUAUACUUCAGCGAUCCCCCAGACCACUACACGUACCCCCUCUCGUUCCCAGUGAGGGAUUGGCCCAAUGUUAACGACCCCUCCUUCAUCGGCAUCUUCUUUAGCAAGUGCCGCAUUGGCAGCCAGAGGCCAGAGGACCCAGAUCAAAGACGUCCAGGUGUUUACUUCAGAUUGGAUAGGGACUUGCAGACCAGGACAGAUCAACUUGGAGUUGAGAUGCGAGAGCGUAUAACAUGGGAUAUCCGUGAAGGAGUUAUAGGUUCGGAUACAUUCUUCCCUAAACACGCUAUUACAAUCACAUGGAAGAACAUGUCUUUCGCUGGAGGUAUAGAUAAUUCACUGUUUGUGACAAACACUUUCCAAAUGGUUUUAGCCACUGAUGAAGUGUUUACUUAUGCUAUAUUCAAUUAUCUUGAAAUAAACUGGAGUUCUCAUACUGAAGCUGGUGGUGAUACUACGACUGGAGAAGGAGGUGUGCCGGCUUACAUUGGUUUUAACGCUGGUAACGCAACGAGAAGUUACGAAUAUAAGCCCUACUCUCAAGCUUCUGUUCUAAGAGAUUUAACUGGACGAGGCUGGGCUAACGGUUUCCCAGGACGACACAUAUUCCGAAUCGAUGAAAACAUUCUCAUGGGAACGUGUAAUAAAGAUAUAGACGGCGCAAAUUUGCCGCUAAUGUUUGCUCCUGAAUCUGGCAACAUGCUUGGGGGAACAAUUGUUAACAUAACGGGUCCUUGCUUUAAUCCUGAUGAUAGAAUAACGUGCAGAUUUGAUACCGAAGCAGUUGUGGGUGCUGUGGUAGAUGUGAACAGAGCUAUAUGUGUGCAACCACGGUUUUAUCAUAAUGGAUACGCCAGAUUUGAAGUGGCUAUCAAUAACGAACCGUAUAAGUGGAAGGGAAAAUUCUUUGUUGAAACACCUGCAACAGCCAGUGAGAAAAUUUUCUUCCCUGACAAUGCGAUCCACGAACGAUAUCCUCCAGAAAUAAGAAUUAAAUGGGACCGGUUCAAUUUAACUUCAAAUCUGAAUGUACAACUACAGAUAAGCUUGUGGGGCUACAAGGAGGUUACUAUCAGACCACAACUCGAGUUCAUAGACAUGAUUGAAGCUGGUGUUUCCAACACAGGGGAAUAUGUGAUUAACCCACAGAACUUCCGUAACAGAGAUAACAUUAUGCACAAUGAUAUGCAGUUCGGUUUCCUUCAGAUUAAUUUAACGACACCUGAGGUGUUCAAAGGGGUUUCUAUAUCACCGGUGCUUUGGAGUAGACCGAUUCCACUUGGUUGGUAUUUCGCUCCACAAUGGGAGAGGAUCCACGGCCAACGAUGGGCACAAUCCAUGUGUAACAACUGGUUGCGAACCGAUCGUUUCUUGAAGAACUUCGCUGCUCAAGUUUGGGUGUGUCCAUGUACUUUGGAACAUGCACUUUUGGAUAAGGGAAGAUUCUUACCAGACCCCGAUUGUGACAAGGACACCAAUCCGACUUGCAGAUAUCACUGGGGCGCAAUCCAUUGUGUUAGAAGUGCUUCGCCAAGCCCGGAAGGUUCAGGUCAAGAAUGCUGCUACGAUAAGAAUGGUUUCCUAAUGUUGUCUUAUGAUCAAAUGUGGGGUUCUCGACCUCAGAGGUCGCACGACUUUGGCUUCACUCCUUACAACGAAGCCAACAAGGUGCCUUCUUUAUCUCAUUGGUUCCACGAUAUGAUACCGUUUUAUCAAUGCUGCAUGUGGCAGGAGGAACAAGCGGUUGGCUGUGAAACUUUCAGAUUCGAACGUCGUCCCUCUCAGGACUGCGUUGCGUACCAGUCACCAGGAGUUGCUGGUAUAUUCGGAGAUCCGCACAUUGUUACUUUCGAUGAUCUGCAAUACACGUUCAAUGGAAAAGGGGAAUACGUGCUGGUGAGGGUUGAUCAUCCUCAACUGAAAUUAGAUGUGCAAGGUCGAUUCGAACAAGUGGCAAGAAAUAUAUACGGCCCUGUGAAUGCUACACAUCUUACGUCUGUUGUAUCAGCGUCGAAUAAUUCAGUCCCGAUCGAGGUGCGCUUACGGCCUCAACAUUCGCAAUGGAGAUACAGAUUGGACGUGUUUGCUGAUGGAAAAAGGAUUUUCUUCGAUCGACCUGCUCUUAGGGUGCAAUACUUCCCGGGAGUAACUGUCUACCAGCCGAUGUACAUUCUCAACCAAUCUGAAAUUGUCAUUAUGUUCUCUUCUGGUGCUGGAGUAGAAGUCGUGGAAAACAAAGGAUUUAUGUCAGCUAGAGUAUAUCUUCCUUGGAACUUUAUGAAUCAAACGCGAGGUCUAUUUGGCAAUUGGUCUCUUGAUGUAAACGACGACUUCGUACGACCUGACGGAACUUUAGCCACGGUUGACUUAAACAAUUUCCAGAGCGCGCAUCGAGAGUUUGCUCAGCAUUGGCAACUUUCUGAUCGAGAGCAAAAGGAUAUUGGAGUAGCAUUGUUCAAGAGGGAGUAUGGUCGGACUGCAGCAUAUUUCAACGAUGAUCAAUUUGUACCUAAUUUCAUAAGAGAACCAGCAAACUUCUUACCAGCAAAUAGAUCACAGGACGUUGCAAGAGCCGUAGAAAUAUGUCAGGAUUCAUAUCAAUGUCGCUACGAUUAUGGUAUGACAUUGAAUAGGGAUAUGGCUGAAUUUACCAAAAACUAUUUAGCAUCUAUUACUAACAUUAAGGAGACUAACGCACGGCGAGUUAUAAGUUGUGGUAUAUUAGAAACUCCACGGUUUGGACGGAAGAGUAAUUUCUUCUUCACUCCUGGUACAAGGGUGAACUUCGAAUGCAACCAAAACUUUAUUUUGACUGGCGACAAGCGUCGUAUUUGCGAAGACAACGGCAGAUGGAACCUUCCUGACUACGGCUAUACUGAAUGCUUACGUAACCAGGAGUAUUCGCAACGAACAUUAUUCUUAACCUGGGGCAUCAUAGUGGCAAUUAUUCUACCGUUGUUACUGCUCAUUUGCCUGUUUUGGUUCUGGUGCUAUUACAAGCCAAAGUCAGAAGGCAAAGAGGGCUUCCGCUUCGAGGACAUUCCGCGUUCGAAAUCCGCAUCACGACUUAAUCUUAGAUCCGCAUCAAUGGGGAAUAUCACAGACACAAUGAAAUCAUCCACGUUACGUAGUCAGGACUCUGAUAAGCCUAAAUUGCCUGAUACUCCCACUGAAGAAACCCCAAUUAAGGCUACCGUAGCACGGUCAGCACCAGCUCCUCCUGGUGAACCUUUAGACGGUGACACCUCUGGCAUAGGCUACACUGAUUCUAACAAAAGUGACAAAUCCGAUAAACCAUCCUCUCUGAAAAAACGUCGAGGUUACGACAAAAGUUAUAGAACAAAUGAGCCAUUACCUAACGCCCCAGAGGUCGAAUUCCCAGAGAAACCCUGGGAUUUAUCCGAAGAAGAUUUACUCUCAAUAACCUCCCCUUCUGAUUCUGAAUCUAAUAGAGAUUCUACACUCACACGUCCCGCUAAAGAUAUAGAAUUCUUGAAACCACGUCAAACCGGGCGACGCAAUCUUCCCAGUGACUCUGGAUACUCGACAAAGGAUUCCGAGGACCCAUAUUCACCAAAAUAUGAGGAUCGUUUCAGUCCCAUAUCGUCACACUACUCUCCAACUUAUUCAGAAAUUUACUCACCACCCAUCAGUCCUACUUCUGAUAACAGUCCUAGAAAUACAUAUAACAAUCCUGGCUUGCCAGAACCUCCAAAGAGUGCUCCACCUACUGAAAUCAAAACUUUCACUUUACCUCCUCAAAGAGGAAAAUCCGUUGAAACCCUGAUUGACCCACCAACGGCUGAAAUGCCUACAUUUAGUAGUCGAUCCACUAUGGUGUAACAUUUUAUAAAUAUCAAACUAACAAUCCCACUGAUAUAAAAGUAAAUAGAAUAGAUAUUAGGUUAACACUGCCAGGUGAAUGACAAUAUUUGGAGACUGGCUUAUUUAUAAGCAGCACAAAUUAGUUAAUUUAUGCACUUAUUUGUUUAAUAAUUUUGAGAUAUAUUUACAAUUUUAAACGUGAUGUGAUUUUUCCCAGUGAUGUCGUUACAUAAGUUUUAAAUGUUUAAUGAGUGUUCAAUAAAUUGUUUUACAUGUUUAUAAAAAUCACAGAGAGAGAGAAUUUCUGUUCCGAGACGCGGUAGAAUAAUUUCGCUAUAGUUUUAUUUAGUAUCUACAUAAUUUCUAUGAAAUAAGAAAGCAGGGAAUAGCAAGGUUCGGUGGAAUAGAAAUUUUCUCGGUCAUGUGAUGCGUUUGUUUUUUAAUUCCCUCCAACCUGCAAAUAUUGCUUGCUUUCUUAUCAUUAUUAUCAUAAAGUACACACGAGAAUGGGGUUACACGGCCAGUGAGGUGAGUUACUUUUAUAUCUAAUUUAAGAUAAUACAUUAUUGCGUUUUUCGCAAUAAUAUGUUUCUAAAUAUGGAAUAUAUUAAGUCAUGAUUAAAUUAAAACCAAAAAUUAAUUAAGUACCAAAUCAUAAAGCUGUAUAAAAAAUAUUUAGGCGCGCAAUUUAUAAAA